CUUACGUGACGCAUCAGAACUCGCUGAGGAAGCAGACGGCGAGCGGCUAACAGGCGGUGCGGUGCCCGGACCAGUGAUCUGGGCUCAAACUGCGGUUUAAAAGGAGCGACAAAGACAGUCAAGAGCUGGAUUCUUCAAGAUAACGUCGCGGCAACUUACUUCCAUACAACAGACCAGCGCGAGGGCAGUAUAUCUGUGUGUUUUUCUUCACGAUCAGCUGACAUGGAGUUUCCAGAUCUGGGAGAGCACUGUUCCGAGAAGACCUGCAAACGUUUAGAUUUUCUUCCGAUGAGAUGUGACGCCUGUCAAGAGAUUUUUUGCAAGGAUCACAUCACCUAUGCAAACCACAAAUGCACUUCAUCCUACAAAAAGGAUGUCCAGGUCCCAGUGUGCCCGUUGUGUAACAUCCCCAUCCCCAUCAAGAGAGGAGAAAUGCCCGACAUUAAAGUCGGCGAACACAUCGACCGCGACUGCAAAUCGGACCCUGCGCAGCGGAAGAGAAAGAUUUUCACGAAUAAAUGCUCCAGAGGAGGCUGCAAGCAGAAGGAAAUGAUACGAGUGACCUGCGACCAGUGUCAUUUAAAUUACUGUCUUAAACAUCGACACCCUUUAGACCACGAUUGUAAGACCGACGGGAAGCCUCUGUCCAAGUCCGGACACGCCGCCGUAGCGAGGGCUCAAGGUGCCUCCUCCGCCUCCGGUUCUAGCUCAUCGGGUUCGGGGAACUCUCGGCCCGUUUCCAACGGUGUGAGUUCAAACAGCAGGAGUCACAGCACCAGCUCCACCCCGCGGAUUCCCACCUCGGUUUCAGCACAGAAUGUAAUCCCACCAUCAGCCUCUUUUCAGGCCGGCCUGACGGAGGAGCAGGCUCUGCAGAGGGCCCUGGAGAUGUCUCUGGCCGAGUCCAGGCCGCCGCCGCAGCCCACCCUCAGUCCUCAGGAGCAGGAGGAUCUGGCUCUCGCUCAGGCUCUCGCUGCCAGUGAAGAAGAGUACAGGCGCCAGCAGCAGAGACAACAGGUACCCGGAAAGCUUAGCCGACACUAGCAUGCUAACAGGAGCGCAUGGGAGAGAGUCCAAACAGUCCAACUGCAGCCUUUCUUAAUGCCGGAGCGCCGCUCAGACUUCAACCCGUGCUAGUUAUUCACAUCUGAGAUGUCAACACCCGGGAUCAGCGAUUGUUUCUCUGAAGAUUUGCUCUUGGAAGAUUCUUGAAAAUUUACCGCCUUCUACACAUAAGCACAUCUACUUUCAGCAGGAUCUGUCAUUUUUACUAAUGAUUUGCUCUGUAUAUAUUUUAUAAGCUGAUCAGAAAAGCUGUUAUAUUACCAUACAUGGAUAUUAAAUAAAUUAUAUUAAAGCUGUACCCAGAA